UCGUUCUGGUGAUGCUAUCUAUGUGCGUGUUGGUGAUUAUGAUUUGACCCGCAAAUACGGCAGUCCAGGAGCUCAAACUUUAAGAGUGGCAACCACUUACAUACAUCACAAUCACAACAGUCAAACUUUGGAUAAUGACAUUGCUCUACUUAAAUUACAUGGUCAAGCUGAAUUAAGGGAUGGUGUCUGUUUGGUCUGUUUGCCUGCCCGAGGUGUUAAUCAUGCAGCUGGUAAACGUUGUACAGUAACUGGCUACGGUUAUAUGGGAGAAGCUGGUCCCAUACCUUUACGUGUUCGUGAGGCUGAAAUACCUAUAGUCAGUGACACAGAGUGCAUACGUAAAGUUAAUGCAGUGACAGAGAAAAUCUUUAUAUUGCCCGCUUCUAGUUUCUGUGCUGGCGGUGAGGAGGGUAAUGAUGCCUGUCAGGGUGAUGGUGGCGGCCCGUUGGUCUGUCAAGAUGAUGGUUUCUAUGAAUUGGCUGGAUUGGUUUCAUGGGGCUUUGGUUGUGGCCGUGUUGAUGUACCCGGUGUUUAUGUUAAAGUUUCUUCAUUUAUCGGUUGGAUUAAUCAAAUCAUAAGUGUCAAUAAUUUAUAGUUGUCUACUUCGGUAGAAAUUGAAUCACUUUAUAAUACUUAAGAUUUAUGAAAUAAGUUGAGGAAAUUGAAAUUCGUUUGAUUUAACAAAUUGCGAAUUAAUAGUAUAAGAGAGUUUUAUUGCAAAAAAAGGCAACAAAAUACCAAUUAGAAAUGAAAAUAAUAAGUUUUCUCCCUUUAAUUUAUUAUGUAUUUAAUUUGAAGGCAAAAUUCCAAAGGAGUUUUUUUAUUAUU